CUCGUCUUCCACCUCCAGUCUGAAGCUUUCCCUCCUCCGCUGGAUCAGAGAGAGAGAAAGAGGGAGAGAGAGAGAGAGAGAGAGAGAGAGAGGGAGAGAGGCUUAUCAGGAAACAAGGUGACAGUAAGAAGGAGGAACUCGCCCUUUCACCAAAAGGACUACAUUAUGGCUACCAAUGGCUUCACCACUGCCACAUUUGUGGAUACAUUUGAGGAUGCCUUCUACUUUGAAGUGGGAGAAACAGAUAAAUGUAUGGAUUCGGACGCCUUUGGAAAAACUAAUAAUUGCUGUCAAUGUUGGAUCCAAAGCAACAACAACAAAUUCCUGAUGUUGAGUGAUGACGGGCAAUUUCAAGCACAAAACUUGAAUAUACAGCAGCAGCAGAGCAAGUCUGGCUGCAAAUUUCACUUCCAGUUUUACAACGAAAACCAGAGCGAGAGGCCAGGGAAGGCCGUCAUUCUAUACUCCAACAAAGACGGCAAAAAUAUGGUGGUGUCCUGCAGUAAUAAGCAUCAAGUGUGUCCGGAGGAAAUGCAGGAUCUUCCAGGUCACAUUGAGGAUAACAAAAACAAGGUCAUAUUCUACCGGGUGAAUGUCACAUCAACGUCUUGCAGGUACCUGUUUGAGUCGUCUAUGUACCGAGAUCACUACCUGGGGUUAGAGCCCGAUGAGAGCAACCGCUCUCUGGAGAAACUGGUCCUGCGUCAUAAAAGUAGCGAUGAAGUGGAUGAGUCGACCCAGUUUCUGACUUUAAAAAUUUAGAUGAAUUCUGCAGUGUUAUUUUCAAUACAGUGUUUUUAAAAUGCUGAUUCAAGAAAACCAGAGUUUUUGUAGAAUAGAUGAACUGGGGGAAAAAGUGCAGUUUCACACUAAACAAUCUGGUUAAAACAUCAUUUUUGUACCUUUUAAUCGCAAAAAACACACAUUUGGUUUAAGACAGAAGCCAACAUGAAAUGAGCAUUAAUGUCAGUCAGAAAACUUUGGCAACUUUAUGUUGUGUCUUGGACAAAGUUUAACAGUAUUAUGGCCACAUUAAAAAGAGGACUGACAAUAGAGUAGUAAUGCUAUGAGGGAAGAAAUAUAAAGGAGAGGGACGUCUAAAUCAAAAAAAAUCUAAAUCUCACAAAAAUGGGGCAGUUUGGACCUCAGAUGGUACAAAACAUGACAGAACAAAGGGAAAGGAAACAAAAAACACAUUUUUAAAGCGCUUCACGGACUUUUUGACAAAAUGUUCUGUCCAGGCGCACGUUAACGAUCCACUGAAAACGGUUCCGCGACCCACUUUUGGGUCCCGACCCACCAGUUGAGAACCACUCUGGUCUAAAUUUUGAAAGGAGGAAACUAGUGACUACACACAGCCACUUCAAGGCGGGACCUGUCACUUCUCGUUCGCAACGAGGAGACUUUUUCUUUUUUCCUUUUUGUUGCUGUUGUUUUUGUUAUUGUAUUAUUUAGAAUCUGUAGGUCAUUUAUGUAUAUGUUUUUCUCAUAACUUGACAUUGAAAAGAUACAUAAAUAAACUAUAAACUAUAAACUAAACUAUAUAGUUUAUAAACUAUAAAAAUAAACUAUAAAAAACUAUAGAAAUGAAUUAAAUAUAUUAUAUCAUAGUCAUAGUAAUUUACAAAUAUAAUACAAGCUAGUUGAAUAGAUGGAGAGUUUUUACUUAAAAAUAGCAUAGCGUCCACAUUUUUUUUUUUUUCUGAAUUAUACUUUCCAAUGUUUGUAAUUAUAAUUUGUUUUCUGUCUGUUUUUUUAUGUUCACCCUUGUCUUAUCUUACAUGUUCGGAAUAAACAAAUCAAAUAAAAAAAAUCAAAUCAAGAAGUAGUAACAGAGAGCUAACAGGGGAGAAGGUGGCGAUGUGAAAAGUCAGAUUCAACAUGGUGGAUCAGCGCUUCAAAAAAUAAAAUUUUAAUCUUGUAAUUUUACUACUUCAGUCUAUUAUUAUUAUUAUUAUUAUUAUUAUUAUGAAGUCUUUUUCCACAGUGGCCCUAAUACUCUGUCAUGUAGAGUUUCAGGUUGAGGCAUAAGGAAGAAUUAUUUUCAUUGAAGUUUUUUCUGUAUGAACAAUUGUUUAUAAAUAAAUAAAAAACGUUUCUUUACAUUUUUAAAGUAGAGGAGCACAUUGUUUUUUUUUUUUUACUAUUUUCCUCCAUGUUGUUACCAAAAAAGCAACAUUUAACAAACCCUGUGUUUGGUUUUUGCUUGGCCCUAAUAUUUAUUUUUACAUUUGGAUCUCGAAAGUGUUCAAUAAGACAUCAGAUAUGUAUAAAGGUGUGAAUGAAUCAAUCCCAGUUCAUCCACUCAGUUUAGAACUGUGAAGGAUAUAAUGUUAUUUCAUUAGGCUUUCAUUUUUACUUCUAAAAACAUUUUUCAUUUCGAUGUUUUGAUGUUCAUUUGAAUGUGAAAAAGUGCAGUAAAUUAUAUUUUUUUUACUUUUUGUAACCUUUCAUAUAACAUUAUCGUUUGUACUCUCCUGAUGUUGUCGACUCUGUGAUCAUGUUUGGUAAAAUAAAAAAAAUUCAAAAUAAAGUCCUUAAAGCCAACUUUAUUCUGCUGAGGCAGGAAACACAACACUUUUCUUUCCACAUCUCAUUUUGUGCGUUUAAUGUGACACGACAUGAAUUGAACAGAUAUCACAUAUUGAUGAUUGAUUCAAAAGGAGCAUUCGACAAACAAAGUGACAACAGACUGAAUGCA